CGAAAUUUGACAAUCGAGCGUCUUUCUCGAUUGAUUCCUCCGCGAACCAACUAACCGACCAGCAACCACCGAACACCAUCGUCGACCACCGAAUACCGCCAAGAUGACGAAGGGUACCUCCUCGUUUGGUAAGAGACACAACAAGACGCACACCUUGUGCCGUCGUUGCGGUCGCCGAUCGCUUCACAUCCAGAAGCACACCUGCUCUUCCUGCGGUUACCCCUCGGCCAAGACCCGCAAGUACAACUGGUCCGAGAAGGCCAAGCGGAGAAAGACCGUCGGCACCGGCCGCAUGCGCUACAUGAAGGACGUCUCCCGCCGCUUCAAGAACGGCUUCCAGUCCGGCGUCCCCAAGGGUUCCGCCGGCCCCACCGCGCAGGAGUCGUGAGCGAUGAUUGGAAUGUGAUUCGGGUCGACAUGGGGAGGUAUCUGUGCAACCGAGGGCAUUCGGGCGAUGGGGGAAUGAAAAAUUGAGAUCGAGGCGAGGGGGUCCAGGGAAGGCGUGGCAACGCCGCCGGAGUCUUGUCUACUCGGGAAACGAUAUCACGAAAAGAAAUCAAAGGGAAAAAAUCAGCUCCUUUUUUUUUCUUCUGCUUUUCCUUCCCUCCCCCUCUGUCUACCUCACCCCUCCCCUCGUUUUUUUGACUCGGAAGCAAAGCCAAUAUCAAAAAAAGAGUCAAAACAAAACCAAAGCAUUUGGCCAAAAAUCGAAACGGGUGUUUUUACGUCUUAUGUUAUCUCGCGCGCGGGCUCUUCCAGGGGAUAAACUCACUUUUUUUGUUACGCACGGGAAAAACGGAUCCUGAGGGAAAAGAGAAAUGACUUUGCUUGUCUUGUUCA